CUGCUGUACACAUGGGCAGAGGAGCGGUCCACCGCGGCUACUUCCGAGCUGUUGGUCCCCGCGGCAGACCGGACCUUUCAAUGAAUUUCUCGUCCCUUCGGCAGCAGCUUCCGUGACCUGUGCUCCCCGUGAUUCUACCCUCCGUGAUAUGCCUGCUCCAAGAGUCCCAUGAGAGCGAGAGAGUAGCUUUCUGGUGCCAGUGCCCUGCUUUCAUUCAGGCAAAUUUACUAUCAUUCUCGGAGGAUGGCAGCUCUUGGUCUGUCUCCCACAUGUGCUAUGUCCAACCAGGAGCCUGCCUAUGUCCAUGAGUCAGAAAUUCCUCUUUCUUCAAAAGACCAUUCCUGUCCCCAGGAUGUGGAGCUGUUUGCAUACAAUGGCCUGGAGCCUCAUACAUCAACCAAUGUUGGUUCCCAGCCUCAGCCAUCUUGGAACACAUACAGGCUGGGUUCUCACCGACCCCAAAUGUGUGUGGUGUUACAGAAAUCAGUGACUUUCCAGGAUGUUGCCGUGGACUUCACUGAGAAGGAGUGGCCCUUGCUGGAUUCUUCUCAGAGAAAACUGUACAAAGAUGUGAUGCUGGAGAACUAUAGCAACCUUGCCUCAGUGGGGUGUCAGGUGAGCAAACCCAGCCUCAUCUCCCACUUGGAGCAAGAAGAGGAGCUGAGGACAGAGGAGCAGGAACUUCACCAAGGCCCUUGUCCCGAUUGGGAGACUCCAUCUAAAACCAAAUGGUCAAUUCUUAUGGAAGAUAUUUUUGGGAAGGAAACAUCUCAUGGUGUGACAAUGGAAAGCAGUCGGCUUGGAGAGAAAUCCAGUGACUAUGCUAACCUGUUUGACGUCUUCAGCAUGGGUGCUCAUCUUACUCAGCAAAUGGGAAGGCACACUAGCAAGAGGCCUUAUCACCGCCGGGACUGUGGGGUGACUUUCAAGAACAGAUCUCAUGUAACCCAACAUGUGAACAUUUACAAUGGGAGGAAAAUGCAUGAAUGUCAUCAGUGCCAAAAAGCCUUCACCACGAGUGCUUCCCUUACACGGCACAGGAGAAUACAUACUGGGGAGAAACCCUAUGAGUGCAGUGCCUGUGGGAAAGCUUUCAAUGACCCCUCAGCUCUUAGGAGUCAUGCAAGAACUCACCUCACAGAGAAGCCCUUUGACUGCAGUCAGUGUGGAAAUGCAUUCCGAACCCUCUCCUCACUGAAGAUACACAUGAGAGUUCACACUGGGGAGAGACCUUAUAAGUGUGAUGAAUGUGGGAAGGCAUAUGGCAGGAGCUGCCAUCUCAUUGCACACAGAAGAACACACACUGGAGAGAGACCCUACGAAUGUCACGACUGUGGGAAAGCUUUCCAGCAUCCCUCACAUCUCAAAGAGCACGUCAGGAACCACACUGGAGAGAAACCCUACGAAUGCACACAGUGUGGAAAAGCCUUCCGAUGGAAGUCCAACUUUAACUUGCACAAGAAGAACCACAUGGUAGAGAAAACAUACGAGUGUAAAGAGUGCGGGAAAUCCUUUGGGGACCUCCUCUCACGGAGAAAACACAUGAGAAUUCACAUUGUAAAGAAACCUGUUGAAUGUAGACAGUGUGGGAAAGCCUUCAGAAACCAGUCCAUCCUUAAGACACACAUGAAUUCCCACACUGGAGAGAAACCAUAUGGGUGCGAUCUCUGUGGGAAAGCCUUCAGUGCAAGCUCCAACCUAACUGCGCACAGAAAAAUACACACUCAAGAGAGGCGAUACGAGUGUGCCACCUGCGGUAAGGUCUUUGGUGAUUAUUUAUCGCGGAGGAGGCACAUGAGCAUUCAUCUCGUAAAGAAGCAUGUUGAAUGCAGACAGUGUGGGAGGGCCUUCAGAAACCAGUCGACCCUUAAGACACACAUGAGGAGUCACACAGGAGAGAAGCCUUAUGAGUGUGAUCACUGUGGGAAAGCCUUUAGCAUCUGCUCGAACCUUAAUGUGCACCGGAGGAUACACACUGGGGAGAAGCCCUACGAGUGCCUGGUCUGCGGGAAAGCCUUCAGUGAUCACUCAUCCCUCAGGAGUCACGUGAAGACACACCGGGGAGAGAAGCUCUUCACAUCGUCAGUGUGGAAAAGGCUCCAGUGACACAUCUCUUUAAAGAGAAACAUGAGAGCGCAGACCUGGCAGGUGUAAGGAAGGCAGGAAGCCUUGAUGAACUCAUCUCACUGGGCACAAAAGAAUAUGUGUUAACUUGGGAGAAAUCCAAUUUGUGUAAUAACUGUGGAAAGACUUGGGUUUUUCCACAUCACUUUGGAGAUAGUGUGAGAACUCAAGAUAGUUGAGAAAACGUGUUUGUGGUGUGAAGAAGCCGUCAGUGUACGUUUAGCUCUCAACAAACAAGAACUUAGGGGGAGAAACCCUAGUCUGAUAUUUAAUGUCAAAAUGACUUUAGCAUCACCUUGUACCUCCUUGGCACAAGAGUAAGCCCACCAGGGAGGAUCUCUGUAAAUUCCAAGACUGGACAGACCUUUCCUGGUCUCACUGUAUUCCUCAUGAGAGAAAUCACACUGAAGAGAAAAACCUAUGAAAUAAGGAACAUGGGAAAGUCGGUAACGGGUGGGCAAACUAUGGCCAGCUGUCUGUUUUUGUACAGCUGGCAAGCUGAGAAUAUUUGUUGCAUUUUUAAGAAGAAAAAUAUGUGCUAGAGAUCAUGUGUGCCCAACAAAGUUUAAAAUACUGUCUGGCCCUUUACAGAAAAAAAUUGCCAGUCCUUGGUCUA